GUCAUCGCUGAGGAGCAGAGACACUUGUCUGUGCUAAGCAACUCAUCGUGGAAUCCCGAAUUCGGCACCCAAGGCCACACCAUCAACGUGACUGGUCUUGAGCCAGAGAGGGACUUCGCUUGGAAUGCAUUACCGACCAUCAAAGCAAGAGCGAGGGAGCAGCUAGAAUAUGCGCUGGGAGAUUGGGGCAAGUUGGCGCUGGACGGAGAUACCGAUCUGCCAAAUCCAACGCCAUUAUAUAAGAAUAUCACGGGCAUUGUGAGCGGGAAAUGGAAGCGCUCAGCGAUUCAGGAGAAUGUGCCAAUACCGCAGCUCAAUCUGACACAAUACGCACCUCCCAGCCCGUUUGGACACGCAGGACAUGCUCGACCAUUCGACAGAAAUAUCACUGGCAACGAUGGCGAGAUCAGUGUCCGAUUUGCCAAGCAAGAUACAGCAUACGCGGCACCUGAUCGCAAUGCCACUGCUAUGAGCGGGGAAAUCAAGCUUACGGAUGGAGAGACAUCUGAUGUAUGGGAAUUGCAGCUGUAUGGUGUCUAUUUCGCUUCUCUCGGGCAAGCGAUCAUGACGACAACAAGCUCCAAGUUUAGCGGCAUAUUUGCCCUGCCUCACAUGGCACUUUCACCCAGCAAUUUCGAAACUGCAAGAAACCUUUUGAACGAGUCGAUUUCUGAUACUAUUCAAGACCAAAUUGAUGCUGAGACUCGUUCCUCAAAUCCUUGGCACUCAAGAAUUGAAGCGGAAUCGGAGAAUCCAUUCGGCAAUCCUGACUGCGAGCUGGUCGUCUACUUGCAGCAACUACCUCCUGUCGCAAGCACACAGUACUCCUCGUCGUUCAUGGAUUUUCUCGAGCGUGAGCUCCGAUUUCCCACUGGUGCUAUUAUGCCCAGUGCUCCUGAUAUGCACUUUUCUGCACUCAUCUUCUCGCCUGACUGCGGAUAUGUAUUGGAGUCUCAAGGGCCUCCGGAUGACAUUCCACAGAAUGGAGACCAUCUGACCGGAGCGAAGAUUGAGGUGCUAUGGAAGCAUGCGAGACAGCACUUACUCGUCUUCUCUUUCGCUCUGGCUCUACAGCUCUUUCUUCUCAUGCGACAAAUGCGAGAGGCGAGCACACCCUCAACACGAAGUCGCAUCAGUCUAUACGCUGUCACGAUCCUUGCCUCCAAUGAUGGCUUCGUGGCGUUGACCUUCCUGCUUGGAAGUCUCUUCUUCCAGAACAUCUGGACUAUGCUGGUCCCAGUAGGAUUUUUGGCUUUUGCCAGCGUAGCAUUCUUCGGCAUGAGAUUGGUCAUGGAUAUCUGGCAAGUACAGGCUCCAGAGCGCGAGCAACGUGUAAGAGCUGAGACAGUUGCGCCGACCACGACAGACGGAACUGCGGCAAGUACGCCUAUGCCCACGUCUACACCAGUCACUGCUGCAGCACCACCCGUCGAUACAGGCGCCACUCCAAUUUUCAUGCCUUCUGACCAGGGCGGAUUCUUACCCAUCGCUCAGCCACCACUUAUGAAUACGGAAGCUCAUGUUCGUGCUCGCAUGCCGAGCUUUGCAUCAUUCUAUGCAAAGUCAUACAUGCUCAUGUUCGUAUCUGUGCUAUUCGCCACGAAUUCAAUAUCGUGGCCUGCAUCAGCGCGGCGGGUCUUCAUCACAAUCCUUGGCAUGUGUUACCUCAGCUUCUGGAUCCCGCAAGUCAUCCGCAAUGUCCAACGUAACUGUCGUCAUGCUCUCAAUUGGGAGUUUGUUUUUGGGCAGAGCUUGCUGCGACUGACGCCCUUCCUCUAUUUCUACGCCUACAAGUACAAUGUAGUGUUCGCUGAUCACAACUACUACAUUCUAGCUCUUCUUGCCGGCUGGGUUUGGAUCCAGGUCGUCAUCCUAGGAUCGCAAGAGCUGCUUGGACCUAGGUGGUUCAUUCGCUCCAGCUGGGCAUCACCAGCAUACGACUAUCAUCCUAUCCUGCGUGAGGACGAAGAAGGCGCAACGAUGCCAAUCGGGUUUUCGCAAGCUGCAGAUGCAGACGAUGCACGGUCUACGCCCUCGUCACCAACAGCCGAUCGCAGAUUAUCCUCUUCCGCUAUCACGAGGCGGGCUUCGAUCGCAAAGGAGAAGGAGAAAGAAACGGCACGAAGCAAAGGCAAGCGUGUGUUUGACUGCGCCAUUUGCAUGCAAGAUCUCGAGGUCCCAGUAAUCGAGGCUGGGGCACCAAGCGAUACAGGGCUUGGAGCCAAUUUGCUUGCUAGAAGAGCUUACAUGGUCACGCCAUGCAGACACAUCUUCCACAGCACAUGUCUCGAAGGCUGGAUAAAGUAUCGAUUGCAGUGCCCGAUUUGUCGUGAGACACUGCCGCCUCUGUAG